CGGAAUAAGUCUUGAUUUGGGAAAUAAGUUCAGAUCGCAUGGCGACCUCCCUCCUUUACAUAUAAAAAGAGACUCUCUCCCUUUCCUAUUUUUUCUUAUAAAUUAUCAUGACACGCUGGUUCAUUCAUUCAUCUCUACGAUUACGUUGGAAAGAGUCAAAACACUUAUUAGAUGGAAGAUAUAAACUCAUACACUCACUCGGACAAGGUGCAUCGGGUAUUGUCUAUCUUGGAAUUGAUGUCAAAACAAAUCAACGUUAUGCCAUCAAAGAAUUAAGCAAGUCUCGCCUUUACCGUGUUGAAUUUAUGCAACACUCAUCUUUCAGAAAAGAUACAAAAAAACGUAAACUAAACAAACCAACUAGAAUGAUAGUGGAUGAAGCAGAUAUCAUGGCACAAAUAUCUCCUCAUUUGAACAUUAUUAAAUUAAUUCAAGUUGUACAAGAUCCAGAAUACAAUGACGAUUCGAUUUUUAUAGUGAUGGAGUUGGCUGAAAAAGGCGUGGUGAUGGACAUUGUUCCUCAUGCAGUCAUACAACCUUAUUCAGAUUAUCAAUCUAAAGCCAUUUUUAGACAAUUAGUGAGUGCUGUUAGUCAUCUACAUCAACAUGAUGUUGUACAUCGUGACAUCAAACCACAAAACUUGCUUAUGACAAGUAAUAACACACUCAAACUGAUUGAUUUCGGACAUGCUACUCGUAUCAAGGAUAUGAAAAAAACAUUCCAUAGUGUUGGGUCACCUGCUUUUAUGGCACCCGAGUCGAUAAAAAAGAAAGUUUCUGAAGAACAAUCAGCUUUGCAAGCAGAUAUUUGGUCUAUGGGAAUAACACUUUACUGCCUGGUCUAUGGUCGUUUACCAUUUGAGAAAUCAAGCCUUUUGGAUCUGUUUGAUGACAUUCAAAAUAAAAAAGUACCUCAUUCAGACACAAUAGAUCCCCAACUAAAACACUUGAUUAAUGGAAUGCUCGAGAAAGAUCCAAAAACAAGAUUUACAAUAAAAGACAUUGAGACUCAUGUUUGGUUGUUAUAGAAACAUUAUGCUAUGCUAUUUUUUUAUUUGUAUGAUUAUGCUUUCUUUUUA